AUGCGCGUCCUUCAGCCUUUGGUAGGUUGGUUUUCCUUCCGACAUCAAUCCUCAGCACUGAUUGUUCAAACUGGCAUCGCUACUAUUAUCGUCCUCGAGUACUCCGCCUUCCUUGCGAACAGCUCGGAGGAAUUGGACCACAUCGAGUCUGCCGUAGACUACUACCUGAAAUCUCCGACAGCUGUCGCAGUGGAGAAAGGAGCGGAAGAGAUUUCUCGUCAAGGCCUCGACAAAGAGGGACUGGAGAAGAAGGUUCUCGAGUUCAUCCUUGAAAAUCGCUUGUCAAAGGACUUGAUAGCAAAGAAGUAG